CUUUUGUUUUUGUUUUUGUUUUUGUUUUUGUUUAUUUAUUUAUGAAACACAGGUGUGUUUUGUCAACCAAGUUUUUAAUAUUUGCUUGGUUUUGUCUAGUGAUGGUAGGGAGAAGGGACUAUUUUUCUCAUCUAUAAUAGCAGGUUAGCACUUUCUGACGCUGUUGCUCUUUCUCCAAACCUAAAUAGAAGAUAUAUGAUAUAUUCAUGGUGAUGGUGUUGUUUUCACUAUCAUCCACCCGUGGUGUCACUUCUUUCUUUUUGUUUAGUUCCUCUAAUCGUUCCAUGCUGAACAAGGAUGUCAAAGAAGUAAGUUUAAGAGCAUUUGACAAAAAGAACUUGGAUACAAAGUCCCUAGAAAGCCUUGUAAAAGGAAAGGAACUUUCUUGGGAGCUAUAUAACCACACAAUAUGUGAUUGUUGCAAAGUGGGAGAUAUUGACAGGGCUAUGACUCUUCUUGCUCGGAUGGAGUCUUCGGGGCUUCAUCCCAACUUGAUAUCCUACACACAUUUGAUUGAAGCUCUUGGAAGCAUAGGAAGGACUUUGGAAGCUGAAGCAGUUUUCCAAGAAAUGAUAUGUUCUGGGUUUAAGCCUAGAGUGAACUUGUACAAUGUUUUGCUUAGAGUUUUCUUAAAGAAAGGGCUCCUAGGAGGUGCAGUUAAGGUAUUAGAUGUAAUGGAUGAUUUGGGUAUUUGUAGGAAUCAAGAAACAUAUGAGGUUCUUCUGGAUUACUAUGUGAAUGCUGGGCGUUUGGAAGAUACUUGGGGAAUAAUCAACGAAAUGAGGCGCAAGAGGUUUCAACUGAACUCAUUUGUGUAUAGUAAGGUUAUUGGUCUUUACAGGGAUAAUGGGAUGUGGAAGAAAGCAAUGGGUGUUGUAGAAGAGAUUAGGGAGAUGGGGAUGUCACUAGACAAGCAGAUUUAUAACAGCAUUAUAGAUACGUUUGGGAAAUAUGGUGAUUUGGAUGAAGCCUUGGAAGUGUUUGAGAAAAUGCAACAAGAAGGUAUAAGGCCUGAUAUAACAACAUGGAAUUCUUUGAUCAGGUGGCAUUGUAAGGUUGGGAAUUUAUCUAAGGCCCUUGAGUUGUUCACCCAAAUGCUAGAACAAGGGUUAUAUCCUGAUCCAAAGAUCUUCAUUACCAUUAUUAGCCGUUUGGGAGAGCAGGGAAAGUGGGAUGUGAUAAAGAAGAAUUUUGAGACUAUGAAAUACAGAGGAUAUAAAAAAAGUGGCGCCAUUUAUGCAGUUUUGGUUGAUAUUUAUGGGCAAUAUGGGAGAUUUGCUGAUGCUGAGGAGUGCAUAUCUGCUCUAAAGUCAGAAGGUGUUCAACUUUCAGCUAGCAUUUUUUGUGUCUUAGCAAAUGCUUAUGCUCAGCAGGGAUUAUGCGAGCAGACACUUAAGGUACUUCAGCUCAUGGAAACAGAGGGGAUUGAGCCAAAUAUUAUAAUGCUGAAUGUGUUGAUCAAUGCAUUUGGUAUUGCUGGGAGACAUAUGGAGGCAUUAUCAAUUUAUGAUCAGAUGAAAGAAAGUGGUAUUAGUCCUGAUGUGGUUACCUAUAGUACGCUUAUGAAGGCAUAUAUUAGGGCAAGGAAAUUUGAUAAGGUCCCUGAAAUAUACAAGCAAAUGGAAUAUGCUGGAUGUACUCCAGAUAGGAAGGCAAGAGAGAUGUUACAAGCUGCAUUAAUGAUCCUUGAACAGAGACCAUAUAAGUACUAGAUUGGCCUGCAGUCUUGUGCGGUCAGUGUGCUCAUGUUUGGUAGGUGUGGAAAUUAUCAUGUUCCAGAUGACACGUGAUACACCUUUAAAUCACAGUCCUUUUGCAACAUGGAAUGAAUGUUUGCUUGAGCUGAGACUGAGUGGGGAGUUUGACAAAUGGACUUAAGAGCAUUCAAAUGUUACUUACUAGUGGAAAUAACAGGUGAUGGAUGCUCCAGGCAUCAGGAAUUAUUUAGGCAGAGGAUCUUCUGACAAACUGUUCCCAUCUCUGGUGUAUCAUUUUUUAUUUGACUGACAACAUACUGAGGUUUCCACGACUGGCUCUCAACCAUCCAUAUAUUGCCUAUACAUUUUUUUAGCUGGAAACUUGGGGGCUUAAGUCAAUCCUUCCCUUCUCUUGGCCCUGGAGAAUUAAUACAAGCAAGUCCUUAUACUGCAAGAAGCAAUGGUCACCCAUGUUUGUCUGUCACAGAUGCGGGCCUUUAUUAUGCAUUGGUUACUUCAACUGGAUUUUUCAGCUCCAAAAAAAUAUCAAAAAAAAAAAAAAAAAAAGAGAGAGAGGAAAUGAGAUUGUCCAAGAGCUGAACAUUGAAGAUUCUUAGAUUGCUGCAGAUUGAUGGAUGUGGUGGCAAAAGUCUUUUCUCUUACAUUUGGAGUGGCAACCAAGGGGAGGGAAGAUGUAUAUAUUGGAUUGGGCUGACAUAUAUAAUGGGUGAUGUUAGGUUGGGGUCUGUUAAGCCAACAGGUCACUUAUCUUUUUGAGAAAUGAAGAGUACCGGUUAUUUACCAAAAAAAGAAGAGUGUGAGUUACUAUGUUAUCUUGAGAGUAAUCACUCUCUACUUUGAUGACUGAAUUUUUGUUGGCUUGCCUUGCUUUAGAGGUAGAAGCAGUAGAUGAAGCAUUUCUUUUUUAUGGAGUAGGAAAUUUUUUGGUGGGUAAAGAUCAGAUUAAGGAGGUGUGGAAUAGACUAGCAUGUGCUUAGGCAAAUCUACACUACCUAGUUUUGGUAUGUGAACAUUAAAGGCUUUUGGAAUGACUGCAUGAACUUUUGAUGUAGUGUUGGCCCUAGGCAUGCGUUGGUGGUUGGAGAUGGAAAUACAACUGAUUUGAUAGGAGUAAAGAUUAUUUUCUUAGAGAGAUCCUGCGGAUUAAUUUAAUAAUAAUGCUAUGUGCUGUCGACUGGUGGUCUUUCUAUGAAGCAGCAGAUUGAACAAAAACAGCAUGGCUCAGGAGCUUUCAGAUGAGAUCAAUCCACCUUCUCUAAAAAAAAAAAAAAAAAAAAAAAAGAAGAUAAAAAAGGAAAGAGAGAGAUCGAUCCGCUACUCUUCUGACUGCCCUACAGCGAAUGGAGCAAAGUUAGCAGCAUUUCAAUCUCCUAGACCAAUUGCCAUGCCAUAUAUUUAACAUUAUUGUUAAUUUAGGCUAUAUUUUUGAGGAACCCAACUAAAUCAUUUGAAUGUCAAGAGUUGUAGAUAUCAUCCCUUAUUAUGCUGUCCUAUCAGUCAAGUUAGAAUAUACUUUUGUUUUGGCCUUUUGGGUGAGUUUAAAUGAUUUGAUACUUCCAGGUUACUUACCCAUUUAACUUCCAAAAUACAUGUAAAUGUGCCUGAACUCUCUUACUCCAUACAAAUUGUUUUCACUCAAUCUAAUUGUGAUAUGAUAUUCUGUUA